AGAUGGAUUAGCUUAAACUGUCAUUUCAUUUGUACUCAUUAGAGUGCUGCCCUUCAAAAAAGCGUUGACAGCAUACAGCUUGUUGCAACCCUGCAAGCCUGCCAUUUUGCUCCCAUAGAAGCUGGUUAGGAGCAUACCUUCAUUUGCUGGUUCUUGAUCAGUAACCCAGUACUCUCUAAAAGACCUUAUCAAGGCGUGCCACUGUUUCACAAGAAGGAAAAAUCGCUGCAGCUGUUUCGGCAUUCAGUGCACUUCUCAAUUUAGGAACUCUUUAUGAAACGACGACUUAGGGAAACUAGGAAUGAGCGGGGCAAGCCAGCCCAGUCCGUUGCCGGUGAAUGACCCUGUAUCAAACUACGAGAAGCUGCACCGUAUCGGGGAGGGGACCUAUGGCGUAGUAUACAAGGCGCGCGACCGCACCACCGGCGAGGUCGUGGCACUGAAGCGUGUGCGCUUCGACCGCUCGCGCGACGGAGUGCCUGUGACGUCCAUUCGUGAGCUGCGCGUGCUGCAGGCCUGCCGCCACCCCAACAUUGUGGGACUCAAGAAGGUGGUCACCGGGUCGCAGGCGGACAGUGUGUUCCUGGUGUUCGAGUACUGCGAGCAUGAUUUGGGUCGCCUGCUGGACACGCUGGCGGGGGCGCGCAGGGGCUUCAGCAUGUCGGAGGUCAAGUGCCUCAUGCGGCAGCUGUUAGAGGCGGUUGCCUUCCUGCACGACCACUGGGUGGUGCACCGGGACAUCAAGCUCUCCAACCUGCUCUACACGCACACCGGCCACCUCAAGCUAUGCGACUUUGGGCUGGCAAGAUACUUUGCGCCCUUCGUGACGCCCAUGACCCCCAACGUGGUGACGCUGUGGUACCGGGCGCCUGAGGUGCUGCUGGGCAGCGAGGAGUACGACGAGAGCAUCGACAUGUGGAGUUGCGGUGCGGUUCUGGCGGAGCUGGUGGCGGGUGAGCCGCUGUUCCCCGCCACCUCGGAGGGCGAGUGUCUCAACAUGAUGGCGGCGCUGCUGGGGGCGCCCAACGAGCGGAUCUGGCCGGGCAUGUCCUCGCUGCCCAACGCCAGCAAGUUCGUGUUCCCCGAGCAGCCCUACAACUUCCUGCGCCGGCAGCUGCCGCAGCUGAGCGAGCGCGGGCUGCACCUGCUCAACUGCUUGCUCACCUACGACCCAGAUCGCCGCAUCACAGCCAGGCAGGCGCUGCGGCAUGAAUUCUUCCAGGAGAAGCCCUAUCCGAAGCAGCCGGCGGAUAUGCCCACGUUCCCUUCUUCCCACGACACUUCGCGCACUGGCGCCGGCGCUCAACCACGGCACCACCACCACCACCACCAUGCGGG